GCUCCUCUCUUGCCACCCCCACCCCCGGCCCGGGGCCACCUGCGCCCCGCCCUACCGGCCGCACCCCAGCUGGGGAACCAAGAAGCCGGCUGUCCGGGUUUCGUGUGCGCCGCGGGGAUCAUCGCGAGUUCUGCCUCUGCCUGGACGGCUGUCCUGGAUCCGGAAAUGUGGCUUCUCUGAGAGCCCUCCGACUGAGCGGGUCUGCGGCGCGAACUCACGGGUGGGAAGUUGGUCUGUAGUCCGGCAAGAUGACCAGCCCGGCGGGCACACAGAACCAGGAAAUUGACUGUCUGAGCCCAGAAGCGCAGAGACUGGCGGAGGCCAGGCUUGCAGCGAAGCGUGCUGCCCGCGCUGAAGCUCGAGAGAUCCGCAUGAAGGAGCUGGAGCGGCAGCAGAAGGAGAUCUACCAAGUCCAGAAGAAAUAUUAUGGGCUGGAUACGAAAUGGGGCGACAUCGAGCAGUGGAUGGAAGACAGCGAGCGCUACUCUCGUAGAUUCCGGAGAAACACAUCGGCUUCUGACGAAGACGAGCGCUUGUCCGUGGGCAGUCGCGGCAGCCUAAGGACCCAGCCUGAGCCGGAGUAUGGGAGUCCUUACGCCUGGACUAACGGUUAUGAUGGAGACUAUUGCGGAUCCCAGUCCCUAAGUAGAAGAUCUGGCAGGAAUUCCAGCUUCAGUGGCGGCGGCGAUGGCAGAGUCUCCGCUUUGUCGUCCUCCAGGGAGGAGAAGUUGGGAUUCUUUUGCUCCGACCACGGCCUUCCCAGUAGUGGCCUUGCUUCCAAACCCCUGUCUGCCCAGAAUGGAACCCGGCCUUCCUUUCUGUGCGGUGCUGCCCGGCCUGCUGGGAGUUACUGGGCGUCCGUGCUGGGUGAGAGCAGCCUCUACGGGGCUCGAAGGGGAAGCGCCUGUGGCUCUCGAGCUCCCUCAGAGUACAGCGGCCACCUCAACUCCAGCUCCCGGGCCUCCUCUAGGGCCAGCUCGGCGCGGGCCAGCCCUGUGGUAGAAGAAAGACCAGACAAAGACUUCAUUGAGAAGGGGUCCCGAAACAUGCCCAGCUUGUCUGCUGCCACGCUGGCUUCUCUGGGCGGGACUUCCUCCCGGAGAGGAAGUGGCGAUACCUCCAUCUCCAUGGACACCGAGGCAUCCAUUAGGGAAAUUAAGGAACUUAAUGAGUUAAAGGACCAGAUUCAGGAUGUAGAAGGCAAAUACAUGCAGGGAUUGAAAGAGAUGAAGGACUCGCUGGCUGAAGUCGAGGAGAAGUACAAGAAGGCCAUGGUCUCCAACGCCCAGCUAGACAACGAGAAGACCAACUUCAUGUACCAGGUAGACACGCUGAAGGACACGCUGCUGGAGCUGGAAGAGCAGUUGGCCGAGUCUCAGAGACUGUAUGAGGAGAAGAACAAGGAGUUCGAGAGGGAGAAGCAUGCCCACAGCAUCCUGCAGUUCCAGUUUGCCGAAGUCAAAGAAGCUCUGAGGCAAAGGGAAGAAAUGCUUGAGGAAAUCCGACAGCUGCAGCAGAAACAGGCGGGGUUUAUCAGGGAGAUCUCUGAUCUUCAGGAAACGAUAGAGUGGAAAGACAAAAAAAUAGGGGCGUUAGAAAGACAGAAAGAGUUCUUUGAUUCCAUACGGAGUGAACGCGAUGACCUUAGAGAAGAAACAGUCAAGCUGAAAGAGGAGUUAAAGAAACAUGGAAUAAUCCUAAACUCAGAAAUCGCCACCAACGGAGAGACUUCAGACUCACUAAAUGAUGUUGGGUACCAAGGCCCUACGAAGAUGUCAAAAGAAGAACUGACUGCCCUCAAGUCAGCCGGGGAGGGGACACUAGGAAAAGCCAAAGAAGUGGAGGUGAAAAAGGAAAUUGUGGAGAAUGUGGGGAAAGGAGGAGCCUUACAGAAUACUGAACAAGAACAGCCCAGACCCAGCCCAGUAAAGGAUUGUGUGGACAAAGGGGUGUCACAUCCCCGUGAGAAGGCUGAGGACCAGAAACCUGCUGAAGACAGUGCUCUGUCUCCACGACCGCUAGCAGGGACCAGUUGUGAGCAACAGGUUCAGAGCCAAGCUCAGGAGAACACUUCUCUCCUCAAAACCCCAGAGCAGAUUGAGUCGCAUGAGGUCACAGACAAGCCAGAUGGUAGGACCAGAAACUGCUUGGAACAGUCCAACUGCCUGGGAGGUCUAGACAGUGAAGAGUCAGGGCCCGUUGCCUUGGGUACCAGUGCUCAAAGUGAAAACUCUAUAGGUGAUCAGGAGGAAGAGAAUCAAGAGGAUGUGAACACAGAUCUGGAGACAGUUAGUUCCGAACCAUGUCCACACAGAGCUGACAAGGUGAGCUGUGCGAACUCAAGGGGCACAGGUGACAAUCACAUGGAGAGUGAGAUAGAGGCAGGAGGAGCUGCAGUUGGGGAACAAGCAGAUGCCGCAGCCUCCGGUCCUUUGGAGCACAGCCAAGACACAGCAAGUCAUGAUAGAAGCUACAUGAAUGACGGGACGGAGCAGAGCUCAGAGAGAGAACUCAGCCAAGAAGUAGCUGAGCCUGAGGAGGCCCUCAUUCGGAGCCCAGAGGCAAGUGGGGGAAACCCUGUAACAAGGGCUGGAGACGCAGAAAUAAGGGACGAGAACCCCGUCCAGGCAGAAGUCCAGGCCACCCCUGGGACUCCCACAGUGCAGAGCGGCCAUCAGGAUGCAACAGGCCCAGGUAGCACAGAUGCCAAGCAUGCUCCCCUUGAUGCGAAAGAACCCGACAAAGGAAAGAGUGAGCAGCAGGCGGAGGCCUUGGAUUCACCGCAGAAGAAGUCGAAGAACAAGAAGAAGAAAAACAAGAAGAAGAAAUCUCCAGCCCAAGCGGAACCCCGCAAAGACGCCAGCCAAGAGUUAAACUGUCAGAACACAGAAGCGGGUGACCUGGAGGAAGAAGAACAGACUCAGUUCCCUGACGAAAAGCAGGCAGCAGAAACCCAGAGAGAAGAGACAGAAAGCCCAGAACAAAAAAUCACAGCGGGAAGCAGUGAACUUGUUGAUUGCCCAGAAUAUCCGAAAACUGAGUUUAAUGGAAAACAGAACCAAGAGGAAGAAGAUGGUGUAAAAACCCAGGCAGGGAAGGCAGCGGCAGCCGAAGACAGGUUGAUGUCUGAGGCAGAUGCAGCAUCCGCGGCGGAUGCAGCGCAGUCGUCAGGCACCAGUGCUGAGGGUGAGGAAAUUGGAGAACACGUUACAGAUGGUUCCACUGGUGGUCCCACAAAUGUCUUGGACCAGAACGGUCCCCAGUGCGAAGAAGGGGACAUCUCCCUGAUGGAAAAGAAAGAUUCCCCAAAGGAUGCUUACGAUGCUUCUCAGAGAGGAAGUGAAGAGGGACAUGUACUGUCCCAACAUCCAGACCAGACGGUUGAGAAGGCUGGAGAUGGCUGCAGCGUAGACAACAGGGACCUGUCAGGGGAGCUGGGCGGCGUCAAUUCAGAAAGUGGAGUGCAGGCAAGAGGGGAGGUUGAGAAAAGCAAGAAUAAGGAGGAUUGCACCAUGUCCUGAGGGGACAGAGGGCGGAGGCAGGCGGGGGAGACCGAGUUUCAGAGAGGGCCAAGGACUCAACACACUAAGCCCAACCUUGGGAGAUGCAUCCUUCAACUCCACUGUCGAGGUUCACAAAUGUUCCAGUCUCUGUGGAUGGACCACGUGUCAGUCAGUCACCAAGUAUCAACUACUUUAAGUUAUAGACUGUUACUUGUAGAUUUGUAUUCAACCCUUGAUCACCUAGACACCAGCCGUUGUUUCCAGUUUCAGUUCUAGCUGAGAACAUUCCAUUAUCAUCAGGCAACACCAUGUCCCUGUCAUGUCCGCAUUCCAGCCUUAAGGCCAAGACUUCACCAUUUGCUCUAGGCCGAGACAAGAUGUGGAUGUGCUUGACCAAAUGUAUCAGUGUCUAGUUGAAGUGACCAAACAGCAUUCUUAGAUUUCUGCGUUGUGAGACGUGAACGGUCAAAUUAAUGUGUUUUAUUAAAAUAGAGGUAUUCUCAUAUUUGAUCUUAAUAUGUACAUCAUAACCUGUAUGAUAUAUAUUUAAAGGAGUUAGAUGGAUAAGUGGCAUACAGGUCACUGCGUGGGAGGAGCUGCACCUCAGGGUAGAGAUCAGUCACUGUCGGGGUUCUAACAGGUAUCAGGAACCACAGGGAGACCACGUGCCUUUACCUCACGGAAGUGCUGUAUUUUGCACCAAAGCUUAUGGAUCUUAUUGCCGAUGGUACCCCGGUUAAUUUUACCAGAGAUCUUUAUUUCGCUUCGCACGGGUGAUCUGCUAGAUUCAUUUUAUACAAAUAUUUUAUUUUUAUUCCUUUCUAUUAAUGACAAGUUGAAAUUAUAUUUCCCACUUCAGUUAUCAUCUUUUUAACUUUAAUAUUGAUUUUCCUAUCUGAAUGUCUACUUAUGAUUAAAGGAAAUUACGAAAAGUUGUCUGUUCUUAUGCAAAGGACUCAUUAGAUUAUAAUCCAAUAUUUUUGUGUUUGGUAUAAAUAUUUUUAUUUGUUGUUUCUCAAUAUUUUCUUAUUGGAAAGUUAUUAUUUUACCUGCCUGAAGAAAUAUGUAUUUUCUAUAUAAAGAAGCAUUUACAGAAUGAUCGUAAAGCUGAAUUAAAAAGUAAUGGUAGAUAUAAAAUCACAAGGGCAUGUACUGUAUGGUUGCUGUUGACAUGUUAUGGAAUCGUGUCAAUUCAUACUACUGUUACAUGGAAAAGUGGAACGCAAAAAGACCAAAACCUCAGUAAGAUCUGAGACAAACUGAAGUGUCAUAUGAUUAAAAUAAAAGCAUUUUAUAAUUCUA